AUGUCCAGUGCAAUGAACGCCAUGGCUAUGUCCAUGUCUGGGUCUAGGUCUGGGACGGAGAUGUUAAUGGACGAGAAGAUGAAGGAGCAGUUUUCGAAUUCUAGGGCUUGUCUGAUGUGUCAUCGGAAGAAGACGAAAUGUGAGAUUGAGGGGUCUGGGGCUUGUUUGCAGUGUCGGCGGAGGAGUACGCGCUGUGUCUUCCCUGAGAUGGGGGAGGAUUUGGAGAGUGAUGAGUAUGUGCAGUCUUUGAAAGAGCGUAUUGUCAGGGUUGAGGCGCUCUUGAAGACUGCUGGGAUCUUGCAGGAUGGGGAUAUGAGUCAUGAUGAUUUCUCUGAGGAUGAGGAUGAUGAACUUCCUAGUCAGGAUAUAUGCUCUGCUCCGAGUCCGACUCCGAGUUCUCUUUGUCGGAAAGGUGCUGGUUUAGAGGUUACUUCUAUCUUCCGAGCAGAUGAAAGAGAUGAUUCGCGGUAUUUUGGCAAAUCUUGCUCAUUAUCAAUUCUCUCUCGGGCAGGCAUCGAAUGGAUCAAAAGCAAAACAGGCGACGUUAGUUUCUUGCGAAUAGUUUCGCCAGACUCCAUCCACGAUAAUCCGUGGAAUCAAUGGCGACCCGAUGUCUUUCAGGAUCUGUUUGCCUCGCAGGUCUUCAAACCUCUACCCUCCAGAUCGGAGGUAUUUUCUCUUAUGAAAGAUUUCUUUCAGACUGCCAAUUGUCUGUUUCCUAUCUACCUCGAGUCCAAGUUUAUGAAAAUGGUUGAAUGGCAAUAUACCCAGCAGACUUGUGAUGACGCUGCUCGCUGGGCUGCCAUUAAUAUGGUCAUUUGUCUGGCUUAUGAGUACCGAUUUUCGAAUAGCUCCAAGCCUGAAAAAGACAGAGAGAAGGCUCGUGGGUAUUUCAAGAAUGCCAUGUCGGUUUUCACGGAAUUGGCUUUGAAGCGCACGGAUUUGCUCAGUGUUCAGGCUUUGCUCAGUAUGGCGUUCUUCCUUCGUGGAAAUUGCGGUACACAGUCAGCUUUGCCGCUGAUCACUGCUGCUAUGCGAUCUGGUCAACGAAUGGGAUUACAUCGUGAUAUUGCCAGACCAGAUCUCAGUCCAGCUGAACAGGAAGAAAGACGGCGUGUCUUUUGGGUUGCAUUUGUGGUCGAUCAAAGUACCUGCUUAAGAAUUGGAAAUGCUCCAUCCCAACAUCCAGACGAUUUCGAUGUUCCUCUUCCAGAAGAGCUGGAAAGCGACAAAGAAAGCGCAAGCAACAUCCCAUUCUUCCGCCAGCUCUGUCGAAUGUCAAUUAUCAAGGGCCGCAUCUACAGUCGACUAUACUCCGCCAAAGCAUUAUUGAGACCUCCUCUGGAGAUCUACAAAACAGUCAAAGAGCUACAUAAAGAGCUUGAAAACUGGAGAGGUGAAUAUCCAGUCACUACAGAGCCGAAGCUAAAACCUGGUGCACCCGACUUCCUGUUAGGAUUCGCCUCCGCCGGUAUUCACUUCGUCUACUACAAUGCUUUGAUCAUGAUCCAUCGAAUACCUCUAUUUCUUCACUACAUAAUAACAUCGAAAGAGACAUCCAAGGAGUCAAAAGAACUCGAGGCCCUCAGCAUAAGACGUGCUUCCAAAUCCGCAUCCAUUGGCGCACAAGCUGCCCGCGAUACCUUAAAGCUCAUUAAUAAUAUGCCAUGGGGAGACAUUGCCUGGACUUGGUCCCUCCUCUACUACGUCUUCCUAGGCGCCGCAACAAUAUUCUCAAGUAUCCUCCGAGACCUGCGACACCCAAAAGUCCGCGCGGAUCUCCAAUCCCUAACAAUGGCCUCGACAUUCUUUGCAACCCUCGUCCCAGGCGACGGUGCAUCAAAUUACGCAGGCUUCAUGGCCCGCAUGAGCGCUACUCUCGAACGCAUCGCGCGAGUAGCGGUUGAGAAAGAUGAGAAAAGAGAAAAGGAGGAGCCCACUUCGACAACGAAGAAACGCACGAGCUCGACUUCUCAUCAUAAACGUCGACGGCCUACUACUCUCCGCAAUUCCAUGACUUCCGAUACAACACACCUGGGUCUCUCAACAACGGACGAAAACAGAAUGAAUGUGAAUAUCAGUAUCCCAGAAACGCUCGAGGGCUUACCACCGGUUAACUCUUCCGGCUAUGUUGUCCCAUUGAGUCCAGAUACGAGAACUCCUCAAUCCCAAUCCCAAUCUCAAUUUCAACAAAACCAAACCCAGACCCCAAACACAAACACAAACACGAAUCUCUACACAACGGAAUAUCUAGAUCGAACAUUCCUCUACGAAGCCGGAGACAGCGCAUACACAAACCCCCCAAUGCCAAUCCCAUCCUGGCAACUCUCGCAAGAUUUCUCUACAGCACCAUCACAGCCAGGUCAAGGUCUAGGUCCAACCCUCACAAACCUAGAUACCAAUUCCCCCUCCUCCUUCGCUAGCAGUACACCAACCGGAACGACGAACUCCGCUAUUCCGGAAUUCUUCCAGGUUCCCAUGACUGGGGAUUGGGAUCACAGCGGAACAUUCUUUGCCGGUCUUUUCCCAGCCGAGUAUGGGUUCCCUGUUGGUGGGCAGAUUGCUGGAGCUGGUGGUGGUGGGUUAGAUCCCUCUAUGUCGAUUUUAUCGGCUGAGUCUUAUGUUCAUGGUGCGCCUGCUGUUGAUGGGCUGAUGGCCAUGGAUGGGAGUGGAGGGUAUGAUGCUCAGGGGCUUGGGUAUGGGUUUGUUCCUGAGGGUCAGGGGCAAGGGCAGGGAUCUGCAUCGGGGCAGGGACAGGCUGAGGAUUCGAUUGGGCCGAAUGGAUUUUUGGGAUUGUUUUAG